GACUUUCCUUAUUCCUAAAAUGUUAACAAAGAGUGUUAAUGGCUGGCAGAAAAAGGCAACUGGCAGACUAGCCUCUCUAUAAUCCUAAUACAAGGCUGCAACACUCAAGAGUUUGGAAAGUUACAUUUUUAAAAAUGGCAACUAUAACAGGAACUACAGUAGAGUCUCACUUAUCCAACACUCGCUUAUCCAACGUUCUGGAUUAUCCAACACAUUUUUGUAGUCAAUGUUUUCAAUACAUCGUGAUAUUUUGGUGCUAAAUUCGUAAAUACAGUAAUUACUACAUAGCAUUACUGCGUAUAGAACUACUUUUUCUGUCAAAUUUGUUGUUAAACAUGUUUUGGUGCUUAAUUUGUAAAAUCACAACCUAAUUUGAUGUGUAAUAGGCUUUUCCUUAAUCUCUCCUUAUUAUCUAACCUAUUCGCUUAUCCAACGUUCUGCCAGCCCAUUUAUGUUGAAUAAGUGAGACUCUAAUAACUUUAUUUUUAUAUCCCGCCCCAUCUCCCCGAAGGGACUCGGGGCGGCUUACAACAGGGACAAGCCCGAAAACAACAACACAAGACAUUUGACCAAAAACAUUCCAACAAUUCACAAAAUUAAUAAUAAAUACAUUAAAAUCCAAGCAAUAAAAUCAGAGAAUUAAAAACAAACCAGCGGGGACAGGUUUCAUAAAGUGCUGUGUACUGUAAUUAUUUUGGGAAUAUUGUUCAAGCAUUCCAAGAGCAACUAGCUGUUGUUGUAAUUGCAGGUUUUUAAUAAAAUAAUAAUCAACUCCCCCCCCCCCAUUUCUCUAAAGUAACUAGUUUUGUUACUAUUAGUUACUUUAAAACAGCUGAGUGCUAUAACCAUGGGGAGUGGUACAAACAUGAUUUCCUCCUGUCUGCCCUAUUGUUACCUCAACAUCGACAAGACAGCAACAAGCAGCAGCACAAGACAUAGGAUGAGCUCUAUGGUUUUCUUCCCUUAUUUUUUAGUGAGGUCACAUACACACAAUCACAUCAUAAAUGAUAAAGUUGCAUCAUGAAAGGAAUGCAGUUAUGCCUCAUUGGCACAAAGUUAACACUAAUUCAGGUAGACUGCUAGAUCGGUUAUUGAAAGAAUGUUCCGAUCCUGUCAGCAUGGAGAGUAACCCCAUGGAGGACCUCUUGAUUGAGCAUCCCAGCAUGUCUGUCUAUGUCACCAGCAGCACUAUUGUUGUGGAAACCCAGACUCCUGAGGAGCACAUCAAUCGUGAUGGGGAAGAACCUGAACGGCGUUUGCAACGCCAUGCCCCGCACCACUCCACCUCUCUUGCCACCAAGGCUGCCAUCUUGGAGAAGGUCAGCCAAGUGCAUCGGAUUCAAAGGGCAAAGCAGCUGGCAGAGAAGCACAAUUUCAGUCAGAAAGUCAUGCAGAGGCAGAACCGCACCCGAGAGUGCCGCCCACGACGGGCCAAACACCAAGGCAGCUUUGUCUACCAACCAAGCCAGCGCCAAUACAACUACUAAGCUACUUCAAGAAGUCUACACUGUGGGGCAUUAUCCGUUUAACUUUCAGCUUCACCAGUUCCUCACAAUGCUUUCUUCAGCCAAGAUGGUCCUCUUCGUCCAUUUUUGAAAUAAAUCCAUCCCCUCUCCCAGGAGAGAACCUUCUACAUUGUACUAAGCUGGCAAUAUUCAAUGGUAGUUCUUUUGUGGGCUUUUCUUGGGCUUCAUCCCUAUCUUCAGCCACAAAUUAUUUUCUUACCUAUGACUUUCUUUCCUCUUUGGGUUUAAUCUCCCCCUCUGCUGUCUCUACUUCUACAAAUGUUGAUCUUGAUUUGAAUCUGAAGGUGAAAGAAACCUAACCCGUCCCACUAACGUUAAGUAGCAAAGCUGUAGGUCUACUUCGAACCUCGAAUAUAUGUUUUUGCUGUUCUUUUUGAAGAAACAUGUUUGCAUCUUGGGUACCAAGCAAGACCAUUUCUUUUUAUGUGGUGUUUUCCUUGGUUCCUAGAUAGCAUGUAUUUAUACACUGGCUAUAGUAGCAGUUUCCAGUGUUAAGAGUAAUUUGGUGCUUCCAGUGAAUAUAUCACAUUUUGUUUUCUAAAUAAGAGUUAUAGGAGGGACGAAGUGCCCUGUCAUUUCCUUUGUCCUUCACUGUUGCACUAGAGGGCCUGUGACAUCAGUGCCUUUCAUUAUGACAUCACACUCUUCACAGUGGAAACGGACUGUGAUGUCACAAAUUGAUAUACCAGGUUCAUGUGCAAACUGGAACACAAAACAAUAAAUAGGUCCAAAAUACAAUGAUUAACACAACCUGUAUCUUGUAUCUUCUUUCCCUUAAAAUAAAAUGAAUUGUAUAUUUAUUCCUAUUAUACAAAGUUGAUAAUGGUGGCUAGUCAUGAGUUAUCCUGCCACAUUCUUAAUUGUACAAAAGCUCCAGUAUAAUUCCAUGGAAGUUUUGACAGUGACUUCAAAUGUAGGAUGGGUUAUCGCUGAUGUUUCUGUUCAGCAAUGAGAUGCAAUGCAGGAUCUUUGAAAGUCCAUUGCAGGCGGCCAAUCAAUUUUCAAUUAGCAGCAGGAUUUUAACUUGAAAGCUGCAGGAGUUCAUGGAAAAUCAGCCAUGCACAUUGCUUUUUGAAACAAUUUUAAAAGUUGCAUUUAGAGCUAUCACAUAUUUCCACCUCUUAUCAUUCACAUCUUCAUAGUAUUAUGAUAGUGUCAUGAUCAAAUAAAAUGGAAAGCUCUGCUACUUUUUAGAAGGACGUGAACAUAUGCAAGAAUAAAACAAGGCAAAAGAUAUUUAAAGGAACAUUCACAAAUAGAAUUAAAUUAUAUGCAUUAACUUAAAUCCUCCAGCCCCUAUCUGCCUUGAAUCUAAACAUGGAAAUGUCCUACAAUAAAAGGUACUGUUUUUCAGCCCAAGAGCCUUUUUUACUCUAGCAUAUGAAAAAUGAAUGACUACAAAAUUGUGUGGAAAAACAUAACUCAAGCUUGAAAUGAAGUUUUUGUGUAGACAGAUCUGUCAGUGCUGAAUUUCAGAGUUUUAGAGUUAUUACCGAUUUGAAAUAAAAUGGUUACCCUUA